ACACCUCUUACCUAAAAUAAGAAAGAAAACUAGAACCUAAAAACCAGCGACGCCGAGCGGAUCUACAGCCACCUUGGUCACCGGCGGCGAUGGCGAGUUCCAAGUCCGGCAUCCCUAUCAAGGCAGAACAAGAUUCGGAUGGCUCGGCACAAAGCACAGCUGAUAUGACGGCUUUUGUGCAAAACCUUCUUAUGCAGAUGCAAACCAGGUUCCAAGCUAUGUCGGAGAACAUCAUUUCAAAGAUAGAUGAAAUGGGUGCGAGAAUUGAUGAAUUGGAACAGAGCCUCAAUGACCUCAAGGCUGAGAUAGGCGGUGAAGGCAUGUCGACGCCAUCUAAGAUGAAGGAAGAGUCAAGACCUUCAGACAGCUCCGCAUGAGUGCAGCAGAAGCAGCAUGACUCGUUUCAGAGGCCGUUGCUGUGUCUUGGGCGUUCAUCACUAACAAAUACGUACCUGUUUUAAGGUCUCAUUUGAGCAAGAGAUUGUAACCCGUGCUACUUGUGUUUUGCUGAAUGGUUUGCCAUAAAUUGUACCCGUCUUCGUUCUGUGUAGACCUACCCGUGGUUAUGCGCUGAGCAUGUAGUGACAGCUGCUAGAAUGCUAGCACCCCAAUUACUAAGAAUUCGGGAUUCGCAAGCAUAAUUUACUUUGCUUCUGUGUUAGUUUUAUCA